AUGGAUAAUAAGAAUGUUGUUCUUCUCAUGAGACAUAGUGAAUCUAUUUCUUCCCCAUUUAUGUCUAUUGCUAAAUACAAUAAAAGACAGCCAUUUAAAAUUGAUUUAAAUAAGUAUGACAUCAAACCUAAUGAACAACAACAAUACCAAACAAACUCUUUUUAUAUAAAUUUUAAGAACAUACCUCCAAUACUUGUUGUUCAUAACUUAUUAAAUUAUGGAGUUGGUUGUAAAAGGGACUUUUUUAUUAAAGUAAAAAAUAGAUUUGAGAAGUCAAGAAUAAUUAAACCUGUGAAAUUUGAAUGUGGAAUAUUGUCGUCAGAAAAUGAAUGUGCAAAUGUGUUAUUUAAAAUUGUAAAUAGAGCAUAUAAUAUCUUUAAUCAAUUUGAUUUUAGUAAUAAGACUAGUGAUGAUGUUCAAUCUUUACUUAAUUCUCUUACUGCAAAAACUAUCAACCAACGUCCAUUUAUCUUUAUGUUGAAUGAUAUUGAUACUCCAUUCUUGUUAAAUAACCAAAAGUAUUUCCUUCACUUUCUUCCUCGAAUAAUAUCAUCAUUACCAAAUUGUAGGUUUAUUCUCAAUACAAACACUAUUGAUGGUCCUUAUCUUUUUUCAUUAUCAGAACUUCUUCAAAUGAGAAUGGUAUUAAACUCUGUUGUUGGUGAAAAAUGGGCGCCAAAUAUUCCUUGGUUUAGAGACUAUAUCCCAACAGUAAUUCAAGCAAAAAAGAAAACACGAGAAAAAGUCCGGAUGGAAAUCUUUAAGAAAUUAAGCACAUUUCAAAAGAAUAUAUGUAUUACUUUAGUUGAUACAGGCAAUACUUCUGAGUCUGCUUUACUAGAUUCUGUUAGAAUCAAAUUUGGAGAUAUUCCUCAAUCGUCAUUCUCUCAAGCACUAAAAAGGCUAAAAGAGGUUGGGAUAGUUUCAACAGAAAAUGGUCUUGUUUCAUUACAAAUAAAGAAGUCUAAAAUAAAAGAUGCCUUUUCAUUAAUUUGA